AUGGACCCAGACAUGGUCCCUGAGGGCAGCACUGACCCAGACAUAACUAUGGACUCAGGUGGAAGUUCAGGCUAUUCAGAUCCUUAUGGUCCCAGCAGUAGUAUGGUCCAUGGAAAUCAACAUGACUACAGGGAGUCUAUAAUUAGAAAUCCAGAGACAGAAGAUGGUGUAUGUGUCUUUCCAUUCUGGUAUAAAAGUGAAAUAUUCUAUGACUGUGUCAAUUUCAAUCUGAAACACAAGUGGUGUUCUUUGAACAAGACUUUUCAAGGUUACUGGAAGUACUGUGCUCUUUCAGACUAUGCUCCAUGUUCCUUUCCCUUCUGGUACAGACAUAUGAUCUACUGGGAGUGCACAGAGGAUGGGGAGAUGUUUGGAAAAAGGUGGUGUUCACUCACCCCAAAUUACAACAAAGACCAUGUUUGGAAAUAUUGUAUAUAA